CGCCGGUUUAGGAUGAGCACAGACUUGUUCAAGCGCAUUGCAGAGAAACUAGCGAGCCAUGACCGGUUUUUUCAGCAAAGGAGGAAUGCCGCCGGAGAGCUCGGGCAUAGCACCUUUCUGAAGGUGACAGCCGCAUUGCGUAUGUUGGCAAACAGUAUCCCGGCUGAUCUAGUUGAUGAUCACUUGGCUAUGGGUGAGAGUCAAGCCAUCAUGUGUGUCAAGUGCUUUGCAGUGGGAAUUGUGCAAGUGUUUAGCGAGGAGUAUUUGAGAUCUCCCACUGCUGAAGACGUCGCAAGGCUAUUGGCGAUGAACAAGGCUCGCGGCUGUCCUGGCAUGCUUGGCUCAAUAGAUUGCAUGCAUUGGAGUUGGAAGAAUUGUCCAAAGGCAUGGCAUGGGCAAUUCCACGGCCAAAAAAAGGGCUCCACUAUAAUCCUUGAAGCGGUGGCCGAUCAGGAGACUUGGAUUUGGCAUGUGUUCAAUCGUAUCCGAGAGGGAGUGGUUGCUCAUGACCCAUACUUCCAGUGCAAGACGGAUGCCCUUGGCAAACUAGGAUUCUCCUCUUACCAGAAAUGCACCGCGGCCAUCUGCAUGCUUGCAUAUGGAAUUCCAGGCGAUCUGGUGGAUGAGUAUGUGCGUAUGAGUGAGACAACAUGUCUGAUGUCAAUGUACAAGUUCUACCAGGCUAUGAUCGAGGUGUUUGGCCCUGAGUACUUGAGGCAGCCAAGUGUUGGUGAUACAAAGAGAUUGUUGGCGGCCAACGCAACUAGAGGCUUUCGGGGCAUGCUUGACAGCAUAGAUUGUAUGCAUUGGGAGUGGAAGAACUGUCCAUUUGCUUGGCAGGGCCAGUACAAGGGGCAUUUCAAAGCAUGCACUGUCGUAUUAGAAGCGGUGGCUUCGCAGGAUCUUUGGAUAUGACAUUCUUUCUGCAUGGCAGGUUCUCACAAUGAUAUCACCGUGCUGCAGCGUUCUUCAGUCUUCGCAAGGCUUGCAGAAGGACACUCCCCACCUGUCAACUUUGAGAUCAACGACCACCAGUACAACAAGGGAUACUAUCUAGCUGAUGGUAUAUAUCCUCAGUGGUCAACUUUUAUGAAGACAAUCUCGAACCCCCAAGAUGAGAAGAGAAAGAAAUUUGCCCAAAUGCAAGAGAGUGCUAGAAAGUAUGUGGAACGUGUUUUUGGUGUGCUUCAAUCCCGAUGGGGUGUCGUUCGAAACCCUGCACUGUCAUGGGAUGAAAGGAAGCUUUGGGAGGUGCUGACUGCUUGUGUGAUCAUGGACAACAUGAUCGUUGAGGACGAGCGUGAUGACAGUAUCUUCGACCAAGGAUUUGAUUAUCAAGGUGAAAAUGUUGAGCCCCUGCACCAAGAACCGGCCACGUUUCAACAAUUUGUCCAGUUCCAUCGUGAGAUGCGUGAUUGGCACACUCAUUUGGAUAUUCAAAAUGACUUGGUUGAACACAUGUGGGAACAUAUUGGCAACCAAUAG